AUGUCCGUGAGGCGGUUCGUGAGGGUUCCUCAUGAGUUGGAGUUGCCUCCGACCCUUUGCAGGGUUUGGGGAACCGUCAUCUCUGCGAUUGCUGGCGCUAUCGAGGCCGUCGUCUCGGCCAUUGCGAGCAUCAUCAUGAUCAUCGUCAGCGUCAUUGCGACGAUCAUCGUCACCAUCUUCGACAUCAUCUUCGACAUCAUCUGCUGCAACUGGUUCGGAGGACGCACUCGCCGGACUGGAUCGCACAGAUUUAACUGGGGCUCUGGAGGUCGGGGACGCGCAUCCGCCUACUAA